CGACCCUCUCGAGUCCCGCGGAGGCAUCUGCCCGAGGGAGCGGCUGAUCUCGGGCUCCGCCAGCGGAGAAACUGCUUGGAGAAGGAGGGAGGGUCCCCCAUUUUUUUUGCCUUUGAAAGAGGGGAGAGACCCCCUCCCCAAAUUGAGACAAGGCUCCGGAUAAGACCGCGCAGGGGCGCUUCAUCGCGGCCCCGAAGCAGCGGCGACCUUUCGGCCGAGCAGAGAGGGCCGCAAGGCGCCGCCGCCACCUUGUCGCUCCGGGCGCACCUUGAAGGCGAAAGGACGCGGGAGCGCGGGUGGCCCAGCCCGGGCCGGAGCCACCGGGAGGAGCCGCCGUUGCCGCCGCCUUGCCCAUGGCUGGCUGAAGAAGGGGAGCCGGUUUCCGCGCUGCCGCUCGCCUUCCCUCGGGCCCACCCCAACUUUUAUGGCUCCCCCAGCAGCCGGCCGCCUCCUCUGCUUCGUCGUGCCGUCUUGCUCCCCGGCUUGGGUCCCUCGCAGAGCCGGGGCGGCGGGGGCAGCAACAGCAGUAAUAGCAGCCGUCGUCGGGGCGAGGAGCGGCGGAACGCCUCGUGCGGCCGACGUCCCUGCCGGUCCCGGGCAGGAUCGGGUGUCCGAAGCAAGGGCAGGUGGAUCCGGCAGUGACAUUCCGAUCCCCAGCGGGGCUUCCUUGAGCGGGCUAUAAAUACUCUCGCGGAGAAGAUUCUUGACCAGGAUCGUCUGACUGUUUGACCGCCAAGAGGUUGCUUGGAAAGGGCGGGACGAGCCCACCUCCGGAGCGGCCCACCUCCCCGGCCGAGAAGGGAGCGCACCCUGGAGCCGACCCCUCAGCAUGGCCGCCCCGCGACCCGUCUCGCUGCUCCUCUGCUUGGCCUUGGUGACCUUGUGCCAAGGUGGCUGCGUGGAGGUGGAUGCAGAAACAGAGGCUGUAGUUGGCCAUACUUUCAAGAUCCGUUGUAUCUCAUGCAAGAAGCGCAGUGAAACAGAGGCCGAGGCCUUUACUGAAUGGUUCUUCAAAGAAGAAGGGACCACCGAAUUGGUCAAGAUUCUUCGCUAUGAUUUCUAUGAUAAGCUCUCUAUAUACGAUCCUCGCUUUGAAGAUCUAGUGAUGUGGAAUGGUACCAAGAACAUUGCAGAUUUGCAGGAUGUCUCCAUUUUCAUCCUGAACGUGACUGAAGAACACAGAGGGGAGUACAUCUGCAGUGUCAACCGCACCCUCCAUUAUGCCAAUGAGUUCUCCUACAACAUAAUGGUCAACAAGACCAUCCACCUGUCUGUGGUUCAUAAAGCCAAUCGGGAUAUGGCAUCUAUUGUCUCCGAAAUCAUGAUGUACGUCCUCAUCGUUGUCCUGACCAUCUGGCUGGUAGCGGAGAUGAUCUAUUGCUACAAGAAGAUCGCCGCAGCGACAGAGGCAGCUGCUCAAGAAAAUGC